AUGACGAAACUCUUCCAACCAUUGACCGUUGGAGAUGUAAAGUUGGGUCAUCGUGUCGCUAUGGCGCCGUUGACCCGGUAUCGCAUGGGCGACGACUACAAGGCGACGCCCAUGAACAAAGAGUAUUAUGAGCAACGAGCAUGUGUACCUGGGACUCUUAUCGUCAGCGAAGCAACCAUCAUCUCCAGGAACGCCAUCGGCGCCCAAAAUGCUCCAGGAAUUUGGCAAGAAGACCACAUCGCUUCCUGGAAAGACAUCACGUCAGCAGUACAUGCUAAAGGAUGUGCGAUAUACUGCCAACUCUGGCAUCAAGGUCGUGCCGCAAAGACCGAUGCGCUGGACGCAGAAGGCAUCACGCUGGUCUCAUCCAGCGCGGUACCCAUCACACCUCAAGACCGAACACCAGUAGAGAUGACAGAGGAGAUGAUUUGGGAAACCAUAGCAGACUAUGCGAAUGCAGCCAAGAACGCCAUUGCUGCGGGUUUUGACGGCGUUGAAAUCCACGGUGCUAAUGGAUACCUGCCGGAUCAGUUCCUCCAGACGACUUGUAACCAACGGACCGAUAGCUGGGGAGGAAGUAUUGAACAACGCGCCCGAUUCCAUCUCGAAGUCACCAAGGCUGUUAUCGCUGCUGUUGGUGCUCAAAGAACAGCAAUGCGCCUCAGCCCCUACAGCGACUUCAACGGCAUGCUAAUGGACGAGCCGGAGCCGACUUUCGAAUACCUCACGGAAGAGCUGAAGAAACUGGGUCUGGCUUAUCUCCACCUAAUCGAAGCCCGUAUCACUGGCAACGAUGACUCCGAAUGCGGAGGCCAGAAGACCGUACAAUGGAUGGUUGAGCAAUGGGGGAAUGCGAGUCCAGUCAUGCUUGCAGGAGGCUUCCUACCCGACUCAGCGAAGCAGACCGUCGAUGAGACGUACAAGGACUACGAUGUUAUCAUUGCGUUCGGCAGAUAUUUCGUUGCCAACCCCGAUCUGGUUUUCCGCGUCAAGGAGAGCGUACCACUAGUCAAGUACGACCGCUCUGUUUUCUACACUCCAAAGACACCGAAGGGGUAUAUCGACUACCCUCAUAGUCAGCAGUACUUGACAGCGGUGGCGAAGGUUUGA